CUGUUUUUAGUUGUUGGACCGCAUUAUCUGCCAGUGGACAUAGAGCUCGACACUGUUUCCGACCUUGACAAACACACAUCCGGUAUUUGCCUAAUUGGCAUCAACGAUGGAUGUUCGUUAAUUCAAAAGGUACGCAGUGCCAGGCUGCUUGCGACAUACUUAGUUCGCGGCCGAUUGGGGCGCGCGACGUUGGAUCAGACGAUUCGCGGGAAAAUUAUCGAGCAAACCAGCUACGGUGAGUUGGGAUUGAAGGCAGUGAAACGAACCAGACACGAGUUUUCGUAA